AACUGGUUUGUGAAUUUGUGAUUGUCAAAAUUGCAGUGUCAAUAGGUGUAGUAAAAUCAGAAAAUAACAAAAGAAAUAAUCGUAAUAAAUUAGUAAGGUCAUAAUGUGAAUGUAAAAUAGGUCGCAUGGUACACUAAAUUAUAUCAUGGCGAUCAACCUGGAGAGUUGCGACAGCCUCCCGCCAGACGAGGAGCCAAAACUUAAAUAUGAUCGAAUGGAAAAUGAUGUGAAAAAAAUACUUUUAACGGACGCUGUGAGCUGCAUAUGUGUUCACACUAAGUUUAUAUGUAUUGGUACGCAAUGGGGAGUGAUACAUCUGUUGGACCACGAAGGGAACAAAGUGCCGAUAUCGUACGACGGUAAAAGUACAGAGUUGCAAGCUCAUGCUAUAGCCGUAAACAAGAUAUCGGUGGACCAGAACGGGGACUACAUCGCUAGCUGCUCGGAUGACGGGAAAGUGGUCGUACACGGCCUGUACAGCGACGAAAACACACACAACUUGAACUUGGGCAGGGUGGUCAAAUCCAUCUCAUUGGACCCUUAUUACUUCAAAUCUGGGUCUGGCAGACGGUUCUUUACAGGUGACCAUAAACUCACGCUAUACGAGAAAUCAUUCCUGAACCGUCUUCGCGCAACCGUCAUCAGUGAGUGCAAGGGCUACGUGCAGGCGAUAUCCUGGCACGACAGGUUCGUAGCGUGGGCCAGCGAGGACGGCGUCCGCGUCUUCGAUCUCGUAGCCAGGUGUUCACUAGGUUUAAUCCAAUGGGAAAAAAGCCCGAACAGGUCCAUAGAAGACUAUCGCUGUAAUCUCCUCUGGUCUGCACCUAAAACCCUCAUGAUAGGAUGGAUCGAUACCAUCAGAAUAUGUGUCAUACGAAAACGAAGUCAAAUCGAACUGCUCACUAGAGACGACACCGAGUAUCUUGUGGACCCCGUGCAUACAUUCCAAGCCGAAUAUUACAUUGGGGGCCUUGGGCCACUGGACGAUCAAUUGGUUCUCCUGGGUGUACCAAAAGAAUGUGAUCCAGAAACAGGCAAAUCUCAAAGACCGGUCCUUAUAGUAGCCGAAUAUAAAGACUGUGAAUUCCUUGAGGUCUCGUCAGACACACUUAAUAUAAGAGGGUACCAAGAAUAUACCUGCAACGACUAUUAUUUAGAAAUACUUAUUGAAGAAAACAGAUUCUUCAUCGUGUCGCCGAAGGAUAUAAUCAUUGCUAGUCCUUAUGAUAUUGAUGAUAAAGUCAGCUGGCUAACGAAACACCGAAGGUUCGAAAGAGCUUUAGCCGUUUUGGAAGAAGUAGGCGGUAGAACUUCAAAACAUUCAGUUACUACUGUCGGCGUCAACUAUCUGGACCAUCUGAUGUCGGAACACAGAUACGAAGACGCAGCCAUACUUUGUGCCAAAAUAUGCGCAAACGACAGAGUUUUGUGGGAAAAUCAAAUACUGAAAUUUACCAAAGUGAACCAGGCGAGAGCGAUCAGUGCUCACAUACCAAAGACACGGGAGCAACAACUGAGUUCACAUAUCUAUGAAGUGAUACUGUAUGAAUACUUGAAGGUCGACUCACAGGGAUUUUUGAAAAUUGUAAAGGAAUGGGAUUCCGGACUGUACAGAACGGGAGUCAUCAUCAAAGAAGUUUUAGAACAUUUGCUAACCACGGAAGUUGAUAAAAAUAUAUAUUUAGAAGCAUUAGCGUUACUUUACUGUUAUCAACAUAAAUACGACAAAGCUCUGACGACGUAUCUUAAGCUUCAACACAAAGACGUGUUUGAACUUAUCACCAAGCACAAGAUGUACAACGCUAUACACGACAAGAUCCUCGACCUGAUGACGCUGGACUGCGAUCGAGCAAUCACGAUGCUCGUCGAGAAAGCGAAAGUGCCCGUCGAUGUGGUCGAGAAACAAUUGCUCAAUCACGAGCUAUAUCUCUACAAAUACUUGGAUGCGUACAGCAAGGUGGAAUCUAACGGCAGGUACCACGGCAAGUUAGUCAGAUUGUACGCUAAAUACGACAAAAAGAAGCUGCUGUCGUUUCUCAAAUGUAGCGACAACUACCCUAUACAGGAAGCCCUAGAGGUUUGUCAGAGCAACAACUUUUAUCCAGAGAUGGUAUUCCUUCUCGCUCGAAUAGGUAACACUAGCGAUGCAUUGCAAAUUAUCAUCGAACAAUUAAACGAUAUAAACCAAGCAAUAAACUUCUGCCAGGAGCAGAAUGAUAAGGAAUUGUGGACCGACCUGAUCAAACACGCCGUCGACAAGCCCGAAUAUGUGACGCUACUGCUCAAGAGGAUCGGCAACUACGUCGAUCCGAGAAUGCUCAUACAGAACAUCAAGCCAGGCUGCGAGAUACGUGAUUUGAAGGAGUCGUUAGCAAAGAUGAUGUGCGACUACCACCUUCAACUGUCCGUGCAGGAGGCCUGCAAGGCGAUCACGCUCCGAAACUACUUCGAUAUCCACGAGAAACUAGUGACUGGCCAGCAGCGAGGCAUAUCGGUGACGGACGAGUUCUUGUGCUGCGUGUGUCGAGGCCGCAUCAUAAUAAGGGACUCGUCGAGCGCGUCGGAUCUCAUGGUGUACAACUGCAGGCAUUCGUUCCACAUAGAUUGCCUGCCGGACGGUAUUCAGUGUCAGAAUUGUACAGUGUGCAGUGCUGUUAAGAUGUGACCGGUUCGCGUAUCGCUCAAUGUAACCUAUGUAGGUAGAAACUGUAUAAACCACGUCGACUAUUUUCCACAGUAAAUGUGUCACUUGUAGACGAAGUUGCAGUAUUAAAGAUGAAAUUAACGAGGAAUGUAAAUAUCUUUGAAUCUCUGUAUCGCAAAAAAGGAGUUGUAUUCCUUUCUGCUUUUUACUAUUCACUGAAAUUGGUGUAGUAUGUUAUCAAUAAUGCUUUAACUUGAAGCUACACGCUCUUGCCAUUGUCGACAAUUUGAUUGAAUUACAAGAUCUGUCAUAUUAUAAUAUUAUUGUGGUCUCGAAACUUUAAUUAGUUUAAUUCUUCGUUACUGUCACUGUAACUUAAUUAAAUAAAAAUAAUAUAAAUCAUUUACCAUAAAAUGUAUAAGCGAAACACAGUAUGUGAAGUCAAGGGCAUUGGUAGGCUAAGAGGGCCAAAGCUUCCAAAUACGGUGGCCAAUAGUUACUUUGCAACCUAAUUCCUCCUCCUAAUGAUACAUAAAAAUACCCAUAAAGUAAGUUCCCACAUUAAAAUUUUUCAUUUAUGAGAAAUAAAAGUAUUAAUCGAAAAUUGUAAUUAAAUUGCACAAAAAUAAAAAUAAACCCGGUACUUAAUUUUAUUAGAUCUAAUGUCGCGUAAUAUAAGAAAAGGGUGGGGCAUCCACCCUCUGCUCUCAUGUUGACGGCAAUUUAUGUUAUGCCUUACGCCACGAGACCUAUAUACUGAUACUAUGAUUCUAUAACAUGUAUUGUGAAUUUAUUUCUAUAUCCAAUGUCACAAUACUGCACUUCGUCUACAAAGCGAAUACAUCAAGGCAUGGGGUCCAAUUCGGCAGGCAAUAAGGAUCCGGGUCGAUGGUAUGACGCGCAAUAGAAAACACAAUAAAAACUCGCUUCCACUGAAUCAGUUGUUCAGUACUAUUCGUUUAAAUACUAGGUACUAUAAAAACAAGUGAGUCAUAAGUAAUCAGUCCUGCAGUCCACCCCUGUGACGGAUCCUUGUGAGAAAAUGGUCCAUACGUAAAGCAGUGCAGGCUUCAUUCGAUUACAAGACGAUUUCACGCCACUAGAUUGUGGUUGAAAACGACAAACACGGCCAAAACUUGAUUAUAAUUGGUCGACAUGAGACUUUCACGUUGGUCUCUCGACCAAUCACAACUUACCCAAGGAUUUGUUUGAUUCUUAUGCCAUAUUCGAGGGGUCACUUAGCGUUGGGACCACAAUUUUUAUAAUAGAAAAUCUACCAAAAAAAAUUAGCCGGAGGUAAAGAAAAUAAAGGUCCUUUAGACUAGUCUCGGUUACCUACCGAGAGAUUAGUACACAGGAAGAAGUCGCGGAAGUUCGAAGCUUGCACUGUGCAAGCUAUUGACUUAAAAUUAUACCUCUUCUUUGGUACCAUUAAAAUCCAAUACUUUAAAAAUACUCUUAUAUUAAUUGACUUACAUGCUAUAGUUCAUAACACAGGAGGAACUGCUUGGAAUGUACCUAAUAUUUUGUACCCAACAUGAUACUAGGCUGAGUUACUUUGGCAACUGUUGGAACAUGUAAAAUCUGAUGCUAAGGCCACAAUAUGCUGUAUAUUUUAGCGCCAAAUUUUAAUCCGCUGCCACACAGAUUUCUACCUUAUUUAUUAGGCAAUAAGACGCCUCGUUCAAUUCUAUAAAGUCCUGUAAAUAUCUGUUUCUAAAUAUUUUUAUACUAGUAUACCCCAACAGUUAUUUUUAGUCUACGUUCAGGAGUCAUAUUGCCAUAUAAUAUUAAUGAGUUAUAAUAAAUGUAAUAUACUUAUUUAUUUUGUAGCGUAAAUUUUUAUACACGAGUGUUUGUUCCAUGACAAACUAUAGAUCAUUCGUUCACGAAGACGCGCCCCUCCACUGUAGAGUGGAGGUGUCGCGGGGCAAGAGGACUGAUCCAAGCCACAGCCUCAACGUUAUUCAUUAUACAUUGUAGUGUACGUGUGCACUCAUGCACACUGUAAGCGAUUAGCAAAAGUAGUGGGGCGCGUCUUCGAAGACGAAAUGACCUUUAUCUACUGCAUAUAAUUAUCAUCUAAUUAUUACUACAAUUAUAAUGGUAUCACAUGUGAUGUGAGUAUCGCCGCAGAAUAUUAUUAAAACAAAAAUGUUUGAUGUAAUGCAUUUUAUUAUUAAAGGGAAUACGUCAUUGAGUGUCAAAUGCAUACGUUGUUAUAUACGUUACCUGUAAAAAUAACUUGUAUUACACCCGCGUGCUCGACGAAGUUUUAAUGCCUCAUUAGUUAACACCCAUGGCAAUUAUAUAAACGCCGAUAAAACUAUAAUUAAAUAUAUAUGUUACCUAAUCUCAUUAAGGAUUUGAUGUACAUUUUAUACCUUUUUCUAUGUAAAUUACCAACAUCAUUUUUAUAUUUAAUUGAUGUUAAAUUAUAGCCAAUAUAUCUGUAUUUGUAAAGUUACUUUUAUAAUUUAUAGAACCGGGAUAAUAUUACUGUAAAUGUGUUGCCACCAGUAUUGGGCCCCAUGUAUCCGCAUGUUAUCAAUAAAAUGUAUAAUUAAAUAUUAUCACGUCUGGUGCUUUUAUAGUGAUGUGGCUUGUGUUAUUUCCCCUAUGUAAUUAUAUCUUGUAAUAAUUAAAUAAUGUUAAGUAUA